AUGAAGGACGCGCCGCUUCCCCCGCCCGCGACGCGCCGCUUCGAGCUCGAGCCGCCCGAGGCCGUGCUGCAGCACUUUGACGUGACGGAAGCCACGGGGCUGAGCGCUGCUGCCGUGGCCGCCCAGCGCGCCACGUACGGCUUUAACGAGCUCGCGAAAGAAGAGCACACGCCGCUGUGGCAGCUCGUGCUCGAGCAGUUUGACGACGCGCUCGUGAAGAUCUUACUGGGCGCGGCCGUCGUGUCGUUUGCGCUGGCGGUGCUCGAGCACGACAGCCAGCGCGCGAGCGACGAGGGCAUUGGCGCGUUUGUCGAGCCACUCGUGAUCGUCGUGAUCCUCGUGCUGAACGCAAUGGUGGGCGUGUGGCAAGAGUCGAACGCCGAGGCGGCGCUCGAAGCGCUCAAGGAUCUGCAGCCCGAGAACGCGCGCGUGCUGCGCGACGGCGAAAUGCUGACGCUGCCGGCGCGCGAGCUCGUGCCGGGCGACGUGGUGGAGAUCCGCGUGGGCGACAAAGUGCCGGCCGACGUGCGGCUGCUGUCGAUGAAGACAACGGCGCUGCGCGUCGAGCAGGCGCAGAUGACAGGCGAGUCGACGUCGGUGAACAAGGGCAUUGACGCGCUGCCGCCGCACACGGAGAAUUUGAUCCAAGCUAAGACCAACAUGCUGUUUGCAGCGACGGUGGUCGUGAAUGGCCUGGGCACGGGCAUUGUGACGCAAGUGGGCAUGGCCACGGAGAUUGGCAAGAUCCAGCAGAGCGUGCAGGAAGCGUCCAAGGACGACGAAGGUACGCCGCUGUCGAAGAAACUCGACGAGUUUGGCGAGCUCUUGUCGAAGGUCAUUGCCGUCAUUUGCAUUGUCGUGUGGGCGAUCAACUACAAGAACUUUUUCGACCCCAUCUACGGCUCGGUGUUCAAGGGCUGCAUCUACUACUUUAAGAUUGCCGUCGCGCUCGCGGUCGCAGCGAUCCCAGAAGGGCUGCCGGCGGUCAUUACUACGUGUUUAGCGCUCGGCACGCGCAAGAUGGCCAAGAAGAAUGCCAUUGUGCGGAAACUGCCGUCGGUCGAGACGCUCGGCUGCACGACGGUCAUUUGCUCGGACAAGACGGGUACGCUCACGACGAACGAAAUGUCGUGCGUGACGUUUUCGCACAUUGGCACGUCGGACACGGACCUCGUGACGUACGACGUCGAGGGGCACACGUACGCGCCGGUGGGCAAGAUCGAAGGCCCUCCGUUGGAUCGGUUCAGCGCGCUGUCGUCGCUGGCGAUGGUGUGUUCGUUGUGCAACGAGUCGGCGAUCGAGUACUGUGACGGAAAGUAUGUGCGUGUUGGUGAGCCCACGGAAGCUGCGCUGAAGGUGUUGGUCGAGAAGAUUGGGUUCCCGCACGAUGCAGUCAAGCAGGCAGAGAUGCUGUCACUGCGCGCCUCUGCUCCUGAAAAGGCUGCUCAGUUUUGCAACGAGCACAUGGAGCAGCAAAACAAAAAGUUGGCUGUCCUGGAGUUCUCGCGCGACCGCAAGUCCAUGUCUGUGCUGUGCACAAAGUCUGGUGCGGUGGCGCACCGCGCGACCCGCUCGUCGGCGUCGAACCAGAAUCUAUUGCUUGUGAAGGGCGCUCCGGAAGGCCUCAUUGACCGCUGUACUCACGUGGAGCUGGGCGACGGGAGUGUGAAGCCGUUGACUGAUGCUGGUCGCCAGGUGCUGCUUGCGCAGGUGUCGAGUCUUGCCCGCAAGUCGCUUCGUUGCCUCGCAUUGGCAAAGAAGGAGGACUUGGGUGAGCUUGGCGCGUACGACGGUGACCGCCACCACCCUGCCCACAAGAUGCUGGAGAAGACGGAGAACUUUGCUGCGAUUGAGUCGGGUCUGACCUUUAUCGGUCUUGUCAGCAUGCUGGACCCCCCGCGUCCGGAGGUGAGGCCCAUGAUUGAGAUUUGCCAGACGGCAGGCAUUCGCGUUAUCUGCAUCACGGGUGACAACAAGCUGACUGCCGAGAGCAUUUGCUACAAGAUUGGUGUACUCAAGGAAGGCGACGACCUGAGCACGCGGUCGUUCACGGGCGCCGAGUUCUUUGCCCUUCCAAUGGAAAGGCGUAACGAGUACUUGUCGAGUGGCUAUGGUAUGGUGUUUUCCCGCACGGAGCCGAAGCACAAGCAGCAGCUCGUCAAGAUGUUGAAGCAGUUGGGCGAAGUCACGGCGAUGACAGGUGACGGUGUGAAUGACGCACCUGCGUUGAAGCAGGCUGACAUUGGUAUCGCGAUGGGCAUCACGGGCACGGAAGUUGCAAAGGAGGCGUCGGACAUGGUGCUUGCUGACGACAAUUUUGCCACGAUUGUAGCCGCAGUGGAGGAGGGCCGUGCUAUCUACAACAACAUGCAGGCGUUCAUUCGCUACCUGAUCUCAUCGAACAUUGGGGAGGUGGCUGCGAUCUUCUUGACGGCCGCUCUCGGGCUGCCCGAGGGGCUCAUUCCUGUGCAGCUCUUGUGGGUGAACCUCGUGACGGACGGCCCCCCGGCCACGGCUCUUGGCUUCAAUCCGCCCGACGCUGACAUUAUGAAGAAACCGCCUCGUCGCACCGACGAUGCUCUGAUCACCGGCUGGGUUUUCUUCCGGUAUAUGGUUGUUGGCAUCUACGUGGGUUUCGCUUGCGUCGGUGUUUUCGCGUACUGGUACAUGUACUACGAGGCGUCUGGCGAUGGCCACACGCUGAUCACGUACGACCAGCUGACCCACUGGACCAAGUGCCACGAGUGGGAGAACUUUACAGUCAACAACUUUGACGGUAUGGACUUCUCGUCGGACCCUUGCCGCUACUUCACGGACGGCAAGAAGACGGCGUCGACGCUCUCGCUCUCGGUGUUGGUGGCGAUCGAGAUGUUUAACGCUCUCAACGCGCUAUCUGAAGACGGCAGCCUGAUCACGAUGCCGCCGUGGUCGAACCCGUACCUCAUGAUUGCCAUGGUGAUAUCGUUCGUCAUGCACUUUGUCAUUCUGUACGUGGACGUGCUGGCCAACACGUUCAGUGUCAUUCCUCUCGACCGGAACGAGUGGCUGAUGGUGCUGGCGUUUUCGCUGCCCGUGAUUCUCAUUGACGAGGUACUCAAGUUAGUCGGCCGUCGCAUGCACGCGCGCGAACUCAAGCAGCGUCUGGACGAGUGGGCCAAGAAGAACCAGUAG